CCGGGCCCGCUCAGCGCGACCGCCACCGUGCACAUCGUGGUGGAGGACGAGAACGACAACUACCCCCAGUUCAGCGAGAAGCGCUACGUGGUCCAGGUGCCGGAGGACGUGGCCGUCAACACGCCGGUGCUGCGAGUGCAGGCCACGGACCGCGACCAGGGCCAGAACGCUGCCAUCCACUACAGCAUCGUCAGCGGGAACCUGAAGGGGCAGUUCUACCUACACUCGCUCAGCGGCAGCCUGGACGUGAUCAACCCGCUGGACUUCGAGACCAUCCGAGAGUACACUCUGCGCAUCAAGGCCCAGGAUGGGGGCCGGCCGCCGCUCAUCAACUCCUCGGGGCUGGUCUCGGUGCAGGUGCUGGACGUUAAUGACAAUGCCCCCAUUUUUGUGAGCAGCCCCUUUCAGGCAGCCGUGCUGGAGAACGUGCCCCUGGGCCACUCGGUCCUGCACAUCCAGGCGGUGGACGCUGAUGCGGGGGAGAACGCACGCCUGCGCUACCGCCUGGUGGACACCGCCUCGGCCUCCGUGGGGGGUGGCGGUUCUGGGCCCGCAGCCCCGGCUCCGGCCGCGGACUUUCCUUUCCAGAUCCACAACAGCUCGGGCUGGAUCACUGUGUGCGCGGAGCUGGACCGCGAGGAGGUCGAGCACUACAGCUUCGGAGUGGAGGCCGUGGACCACGGCUCGCCGCCCAUGAGCUCCUCAGCCAGCGUGUCCAUCACGGUGCUGGACGUCAACGACAACGACCCCGUGUUCACGCAGCCGGUGUACGAGCUGCGUCUGAACGAGGACGCAGCGGUGGGGAGCAGCGUGCUGACCCUGCGAGCCCUCGACCGGGACGCCAACAGCGUGAUCACCUACCAGCUGACCGGCGGCAACACGCGUAACCGCUUCGCGCUUAGCAGCCAGAGCGGCGGCGGCCUCAUCACGCUGGCACUGCCGCUGGACUACAAGCAGGAGCGGCAGUACGUGCUAGCCGUCACCGCGUCCGACGGCAUGCGCUCGCACACCGCGCAGGUCUUCAUCAACGUCACCGACGCCAACACCCACCGGCCCGUCUUCCAGAGCUCGCACUACACGGUGAGCAUCAGCGAGGACCGGCCCGUGGGCACCUCCAUCGCCACCAUCAGCGCCACCGACGAGGACACCGGCGAGAACGCGCGCAUCACCUACGUGCUGGAGGAUCCGGUGCCGCAGUUCCGCAUCGACCCCGACACUGGCACCAUCUACACCAUGACGGAGCUCGACUACGAGGACCAGGCCGCCUACACGCUGGCCAUCACAGCUCGGGACAACGGCAUCCCCCAGAAGUCCGACACCACCUCCCUGGAGAUCCUCAUCCUCGAUGCCAACGACAACGCGCCACGCUUUCUGCGGGAUUUCUAUCAGGGCUCCGUCUUCGAGGACGCGCCCCCGUCCACCAGCGUCCUCCAGGUCUCCGCCACCGAUCGGGACUCGGGCCCCAAUGGCCGCCUGCUGUACACCUUCCAGGGUGGGGAUGACGGUGAUGGGGACUUCUACAUCGAGCCCACGUCGGGCGUAAUCCGCACCCAGCGCCGGCUGGACCGGGAGAAUGUGGCGGUGUACAACCUUCGUGCCCUGGCCGUGGACCGGGGCAGCCCGGUGUCCCUGAGCGCCUCGGUGGAAAUCCAGGUGACCGUCUUGGACAUUAAUGACAACCCUCCGGUGUUUGAGAAGGAUGAGCUGGAGCUGUUUGUGGAGGAGAACAGCCCGGUGGGGUCCGUGGUGGCGAGGAUUCGAGCCAGCGACCCCGACGAAGGCCCCAACGCCCAGAUCAUGUACCAGAUUGUGGAAGGCAACGUGCCCGAGGUCUUCCAGCUGGACCUGCUGAGCGGGGACCUGCGGGCCCUGAUGGAGCUGGACUUCGAGGUGCGGCGGGAGUACGUGUUGGUGGUGCAGGCCACGUCGGCGCCCCUAGUGAGCCGGGCCACGGUGCACAUCCGCCUCCUGGAUCAGAACGACAACCCGCCGGUGCUGCCGGACUUCCAGAUCCUUUUCAACAACUACGUCACCAACAAGUCCAACAGCUUCCCCAGCGGCGUGAUCGGCCGCAUCCCGGCCCACGACCCCGACCUCUCGGACAGCCUCAACUACACCUUCCUGCAGGGCAACGAGCUCCAGCUGCUGCUGCUGGACCCUGCCACGGGCGAGUUGCAGCUGAGCCGGGACCUAGACAACAACCGGCCGCUGGAGGCGCUCAUGGAAGUGUCUGUUUCUGAUGGCAUCCACAGCGUGGUGGCGCUCUGCACCCUGCGGGUCACGGUCAUCACGGACGACAUGCUGACCAACAGCAUCACCGUGCGCCUGGAGGACAUGUCUCAGGAGAGGUUCCUGUCCCCGCUGCUGUCGCGCUUCGUGGAGGGCGUGGCCGCUGUGCUGUCCACUACCAAGGACGCCGUCUUCGUCUUCAACAUCCAGAACGACACGGACGUGAGCGCCAACAUCCUGAACGUGACCUUCUCGGCCUUGCUGCCCGGCGGCGUCCGGGACAAGUUCUUCCCGUCGGAGGACCUGCAGGAGCAGAUCUACCUGAACCGGACGCUGCUGACGGCCGUGUCCACGCAGCGCGUGCUGCCCUUUGACGACAACAUCUGCCUGCGGGAGCCGUGCGAGAACUACAUGAAGUGCGUGUCGGUGCUCAAGUUCGACAGCUCGGCGCCCUUCAUCAGCUCCCCCACCGUGCUCUUCCGGCCCAUCCACCCGGUCAACGGGCUGCGGUGCCGCUGCCCGCCUGGCUUCACCGGCGACUACUGCGAGACGGAGAUCGACCUGUGCUACUCCAGCCCCUGCGGCGCCCACGGCCGCUGCCGCAGCCGCGAGGGCGGCUACACCUGCGAGUGCCAGGAGGACUUCACAGGCGAGCACUGCGAGGUGAACGCGCGCUCCGGCCGCUGCGCCCACGGCGUGUGCAAGAACGGGGGCACCUGUGUGAACCUGCUCAUCGGCGGCUUCCACUGCGUGUGCCCCCCCGGCGCGUUCGAGAGGCCCUACUGUGAGGUGACCACCCGGAGCUUCCCACCGCAGUCCUUCGUCACCUUCCGGGGCCUGAGGCAGCGCUUCCACUUCACCGUGGCCCUCGCGUUUGCCACCCAGGAGAGGAAUGCGCUGCUGCUGUAUAACGGCCGCUUCAACGAGAAGCACGACUUCAUCGCCCUGGAGAUUGUGGACGAGCAGGUGCAGCUCACCUUCUCGGCAGGUGAGACCACGACCACGGUGGCGCCGCAGGUCCCCGGGGGCGUGAGCGACGGCCGCUGGCACGCGGUUCAGGUGCAGUACUACAACAAGCCCAACAUCGGCCGCCUGGGCCUGCCCCACGGGCCAUCCGGAGAGAAGGUGGCCGUGGUGACCGUGGACGACUGUGACACGGCUGUGGCUGUGCGCUUCGGCAGCUUCGUCGGGAACUACAGCUGUGCUGCCCAGGGCACUCAGAGUGGCUCCAAGAAGUCCCUGGACCUGACCGGGCCGCUGCUCCUGGGGGGCGUCCCCAACCUGCCCGAGGACUUCCCGGUGCAGAACCGGCAGUUCGUGGGCUGCAUGCGAAAUCUGUCCAUCGACGGCAGGCACGUGGACAUGGCCAGCUUCAUCGCCAACAACGGCACCAGGGCAGGCUGCGCUGCUCAGCGGAACUUCUGCGAUGGGACCUGGUGCCAGAACGGGGGCACCUGUGUCAGCGGCUGGAACACGUACCUUUGCGAGUGCCCGCUCCGCUUUGGCGGCAAGAACUGCGAGCAAGUCAUGCCCCACCCCCAGCGCUUCAGCGGGGACAGCGUCGUGUUCUGGAGCGACCUGGACAUCACCAUCUCCGUGCCCUGGUACCUGGGGCUCAUGUUCCGGACCAGGAAGGAGGACGGCGUGCUGAUGGAGGCCACGGCAGGCGUGUCCUCCCGGCUCCAUCUCCAGAUCCUGAACAACUACGUCCAGUUCGAGGUGUCCCAUGGUGCCUCGGAUGUGGUGUCCAUGCAGCUGUCCAGGUCACGCGUGACUGACGGGGAGUGGCACCACCUGUUGAUAGAACUGAAGAGUGCCAAGGAGGGCAAAGACAUCAAGUACCUGGCGGUCAUGACCCUGGACUAUGGCAGGGACCAGGACACGGUGCAGAUCGGGAACCAGCUUCCUGGGCUGCGGAUGAGAAGCCUCGUCGUGGGGGGCGUGUCUGAAGACAAGGUGUCCGUGCGCCGCGGCUUCAGGGGCUGCUUGCAGGGAGUGAGAAUGGGGGAAACGGCCACCAACAUCGCCACGCUGAACAUGAACGACGCCCUCAAGGUCAGGGUGAAGGACGGCUGUGAGGUGGAAGACCCCUGCUCCUCCAGCCCCUGCCCUCCCCACAGCCGCUGCCGCAACACCUGGGACGGCUACGCCUGCGUCUGCGACAGAGGGUACUUCGGGAGGAGGUGUGUGGACGCAUGUCAUGUGAACCCCUGCAGGCACGUGGCGGCCUGCGUGCACAGCCCCGAGUCCCCGCGCGGCUACGUGUGUGAGUGCGGGUCUGGCCACUACGGGCAGUACUGUGAGAACAGAAUCGACCUCCCGUGCCCCAGAGGCUGGUGGGGGAACCCCGUGUGUGGGCCUUGCCACUGUGCGGUCAGCAAAGGCUUCGACGCCGACUGCAACAAGACCAGCGGGCAGUGCCAAUGCAAGGAGAAUUACUACAGGCCCCCAGGGCAGGACGCCUGCCUGCCCUGUGACUGCUUCCCGCACGGCUCCCACAGCCGCGUCUGUGACAUGGACAGUGGCCAGUGCAGCUGCAAGCCUGGGGUCAUCGGACGCCAGUGCAACCGCUGCGACAACCCUUUCGCCGAGGUCACCGUCCUCGGCUGUGAAGUGAUCUACAAUGGAUGCCCCAGAGCGUUUGAGGCUGGCAUAUGGUGGCCACAGACCAAGUUCGGGCAGCCAGCCGCGGUGCCGUGCCCCAAAGGGUCCGUGGGAAACGCGGUCCGGCACUGCAGCGGGGAGAAGGGCUGGCUGCCCCCGGAGCUCUUUAACUGCACCACCGUCUCCUUCAUGGACCUCAAAGCCGUGAACGAGAAGCUGAGCCGGAACGAGACGUGGAUGGACGGGGAGCGGUCCCUGCGGCUGGCCCGGGCGCUGCGCAACGCCACGCAGCACACGGCCGCACUCUUCGGCAACGACGUGCGGACGGCCUACCAGCUGCUGGGCCGCAUCCUGCUGCACGAGAGCAGCCAGCAGGGCUUCGAGCUGGCGGCCACGCGGGAUGCUGACUUCCACGAGGACGUCGUCCGGGCGGGCAGCGCCCUCCUGGCCCCGGCCACCAGGGCCGCCUGGGAGCAGAUCCAGCGUAGCGAGCCCGGCACCGCGCAGCUACUGCGGCGCUUUGAGGCCUAUUUCAGCAACGUGGCCCGGAACCUGCGGAGGACAUACCUGCGGCCCUUCGUCAUCGUCACGGCCAACAUGGUUCUUGCCGUCGACGUCUUCGACAAGCUGAACUUCACAGGAGCCCGCGUGCCGCGGCUCGAGCACCUCCGGGGCGAGGUCCCCAGAGACCUGGAGUCCUCGGUCUACUUCUCGGAGGACUUCUUCAAACCAGCCGAGAAAAGAGAGAGCCCCACGGCGAGGCCAGCUGGUCGCAAGACCACCCCCCAGACGGCGCGCCUGCGGCCCAGCGCCGAGACACAGGCCCCGUCCAGGAGGCGGAAGAGACACCCCGAGGAGCCUGGGCAGUUCGCCAUCGCCCUGGUCCUCAUCUGCCGGACCCUGGGGCAGCUGCUGCCGGAGCACUACGAUCCGGAUCGCCGCAGCCUCAGGCUGCCUAACCGGCCCGUCAUCAACACACCGGUGGUGAGCACAGUGGUGUACAGCGAGGGGGCCCCGCUGCCCCGCCCCCUGGAGAGGCCCGUCCUGGUGGAGUUUGCCCUCCUGGAGACCGAGGAGCGUACCAAGCCGGUCUGCGUGUCCUGGAACCACUCCAUCACCACCGGCGGGACUGGAGGGUGGUCUGCCAAAGGCUGUGAGCUGCUGUCCCGGAACCGGACCCACGUAGCCUGCUGGUGCAGCCACGCCGCCAGCUCAGCCGUGCUCAUGGACGUCUCCCGGCGUGAGCACGGGGAGGUCCUGCCUCUGAAGAUCGUGACCUACGCGGCCGUGUCCUUGUCGCUGGCCGCGCUGCUGCUGGCCUUUGUGCUCCUGGCGCUGGUGCGGACGCUGCGCUCCAACCUAAACGGCAUCCACAAGAACCUCAUCGCCGCGCUUUUCUCCUCCCAGCUGGUCUUUGUCAUCGGGAUCGCCCAGACCGAGAACCCGUUCCUGUGCACGGUGAGCAUCCUCCUGCACUACGUCUACAUGAGCACCUUCGCCUGGACCUUCGUGGAAAGCCUGCACGUCUACCGCAUGCUGACCGAGGUGCGCAACAUCGACGCGGGGCCCAUGCGCUUCUAUUACGUGGUGGGCUGGGGCGUCCCGGCCAUCGUCACAGGACUUGCAGUGGGCCUGGACCCGCAGGGCUACGGAAACCCGGACUUCUGCUGGCUGUCCCUCCGAGACACGCUGAUCUGGAGCUUCGCGGGGCCCAUUGGGACCGUGAUAGUCGUCAACACAGUCAUUUUUGUCCUGUCUGCAAAGGUUUCCUGCCAGAGGAAGCGCCAUUAUUAUGAAAGAAAACGGGUCGUCGCCCUCCUGAGGACCGCCUUUCUGCUGCUGCUGCUCGUCAGCGCCACCUGGCUGCUGGGGCUGCUGGCUGUGAACGGAGACGCGCUCGCCUUCCACUACCUCUUCGCCGUCUUCAGCUGCUUACAGGGCCUGGCCGUGCUGUUGCUGCACUGCGUGUUCAACAGGGAGGUCCGGAAACACCUGAGGGGCGUGCUCGCCGGGAAGAAGCCGUACACCGACGACUCGGCCACCACGAGGGCCACCCUGCUGACGCGCUCCCUCAACUGCAACAACACGUACGGCGAGGAGCCCGACAUGUUCCGCACGGCCCUGGGCGAGUCCACUGCCUCGCUGGACAGCACCACCAGGGACGAAGGGGGCCAGAAACUCAGCGUGUCCUCGGGGCCAGCGCGGGGUGGCCACGGGGAGCCAGAUGCGUCCUUUGUCCCCAGGAGCGCCAAGAAGCCCCACGGCCACGACUCAGACUCAGACAGCGAGCUCUCCCUAGAUGAGCAGAGCAGCUCCUAUGCCUCCUCGCGCUCGUCUGACAGUGAGGACGACGGGGGCGAGGCUGAGGACAAGUGGGACCCAGCCCAGGGCCCCGUGCACAGCACCCCCAAAGUGGACACCGUGGGCAACCAUGUCCCGGCCGGAUGGCCCGACGAGAGCCUGGCCGGGAGCGACAGCGAGGAGCCGGGAGAGCCGCCCCGCCUGAAGGUGGAGACCAAGGUCAGCGUGGAGCUGCACCUGGACGAGCAGGGCAACCACUGCGGCGAGCGCCUCCCAGCCCGGGACAGCGGGGGCCCCAGGCCUGCGGCCGUGCCGCCCAGCCAGCCCCCUGAGCAGAGAAAAGGCAUCCUGAAAAACAAAGUCACCUAUCCGCCACCGCUGACCGAAAAGACGCUGAAGUCGCGGCUGCGGGAGAAGCUGGCUGAGUGCGAGCAGAGCCCGGCAUCUUCACGCUCGUCCUCCGUGGGCUCCAGCGACGGGCUCCGCGCCCCCGACGGCGCCAUCACCGUCAAGACGCCGUGCCGGGAGCCUGGCCGUGAGCACCUCAAUGGGGUGGCCAUGAGCAUGAGCGUGCGGGCUGGCAGCGCCCAGGCCCACGGCUCCGGCUCCGAAGGCAGUAACGAAACUUCAAUUUGAACCAUCAGGAACCCGUGAGACAAGCCCGCCACCUCCACCAGGCCUCAGUGCCGUGUGGUCGCACUCCUGGAUCUCAGAGCCCCAGGGCCCCCCGCCCCGCGCGGUCAGCGAAGCAGGCCCUGAGGGCAGGGGUCCCUGCAGGGGCAGCCCCACGACUGGCGUGACUGAAGGUCUAGAUGCGAAGCCCUGAGUUGUCUGGAGGCUCCGGGCCCCUCAGGCCCCGUGACAAGUGCCAGAGGCCACGGCGGGGCUUGGACUCCCAGACGGGCACAGCUCAGUCCUCAGACUGCAGACAGAGCCCAGACCGUGUGCUGGCCUGGCUGGGACCGGACCCAGCAGGAGAGCCGCCUAGAGACGAGCCGCCAGGCCGGCUGGCCAGGACUCAGGGCCCCGGGCCAGCAGCUAGCUCCACAGCCAUCUGCAAAGCCGGCCCGUGCCUUAAAGCAAACCUCUUUCCUUUGUUGCAAAGGUGUAGAUACUUCUGUAUUUUUGUAUGGAACUUUGAAAAGGUGAAAACCUCUGUAUAUUUUGCAUCUGUACUGGGAGAUCUGUGGGGGCGAUCUCUCCGUUUUUUAUAUGAGCAAGAUCGCACAGACUCCAGCCUGGAGUCUGGCAUGCAACCAGCAGUAGGUAUCCCAGGAAAGCAGAGAUGGGACAUGCGUAGGGCUUGUGCUGGACAGGGGUUCCCAUGCUGCUUCCAGCCAGGAGCGCAGAGCCCAUGGGCGUCACACGGGGCCGCCCCAGAUGAAUUUGAGCUGCUUGCCCUCGGCUCCCACCUGCUUGGUUGUGGAUAUGGCUCCGAGACAGGACCACGUGGGGCCGGGCAGGACUCAGGAGCCCUUCUGAGCGUGGACGCAGGAGCAAACGGCUGAGCCGGGCCCGCCGGCCAGCCCCCCUCAGCCCCGCAGGCCUCCCAGGCCCCCGGCCUGGUCGGGGCUGCUGCAGGUGGGGCUCUCCUCUGUCUCUGCCCCUGUUCUCGGCGGGACUGCAAGUGUUCACAUGUCCUCGAUUCAGGCGGCGGGAUGAGGUCUUCCAGAAUGUCACAUUCCUUCGUGCCAGUUUUCCAGCUCUUUGAGGCUCCGAGGAUCUCGAGGCAGGCGGGGGUCUCACCCCCCGAGUCUGACCAAUCACUUCGCUUUGCUUCGAAUGGCCAAUUGUGCGGAGGGACAAAGCCGCCGCCGCAGCCACACUGUUCAGUGGUUACCGGGCUGUUUUGGAAACUCACACCGGACCGGCUGGGACUGCCCCUCUGCGGGCAGUUGGUGCAGCGUGGCCCGAGGGGCUGUGGAACAGGGCCCAGAAUCACUCAGACACAUCUCAUUUCAGUGUUUCUUCUGUUCUCUAAUCGGUGCCCAAAUAAAUGAUCGGCUCAGCUGCUUCCAAAUAUGAGAAGCCGUAAACUAUGAUGAGAAUCGAGUAAAAUGCAAAGAUGUCCAUAUACUGUAUUGUUCUGAUGGAAAUGUGAGUGUUGUUCGUGGCAUAGAGGAAAGCUUAUCUGGUACUGGUCCAAGACCACAAGCAAAAAUGAAAUGAGAUCCCAGAGCCCUCACAGCAAAAUGAAUUAUAAAUGUGCCUUAGCAGGGGAGUGGCCUUUUCAAGAUACAAGAUAAUAAUAGUACCUUCAAAUGUUUACCAUGGAGGAAGCGUUUUCUAAGCAAAAAAGAAAGUGGAAAUAUUUUUGAAUCUUUGAACACUCCAUUUUCAUGCUAUCCCAUGUUCUUCCGCAACUGGAUUUUGUCCCUUGAGAUGUAUUUAGUUUUUAAUUUGAUCAGAACUGUUACCAAAAAAGAAAAAAAAAAUGUCAGUUUUAUUAAGACAGGAAAAAUGUAAACCUAUUUUUGUGAUUUAAAGACUUUAUGAGAAAUACUAAACACUGGAGGGUUUGUUUUUUAACAAAUGUGUAUUUAUUAAUGCUCAGAACACUGGAAUUGCAACACAAAUGAGGAAAGAGUCUACAAUAAAUUAAGAUGCUUUUGAAUUUACA